AUGGAGGAACCUGAGGAUGAUGACGACGACGAUGAUGAGGAUUUCGGAGUCAAGACGAGCAAAAAGAAGAAAACCGCCAGUACGGUUCCGAAACGGUCGAGCAAGAAGGCUUCGCCGAAUCGCUCGAAAGGUGAAUUUCCCACAUGCCAUCAGAGCAUCUGUACCAGUCCGCUCACAACGCCUAUAUCUUUUCCAGCCGAAUCGCCUGCUGGUCAAUGGAAAUCCAAGAGCAACAAGGUCGAAGCGUCCGAGGAUGAAGAUUUUGGGAAAAAGGUUCAUCGAAAACGAAACACUGGAGCCAGCAAGACCAAGCGCGCCUCGCGUGUAUCGUCCGUCUUUACCAACGGCUCCGAUUCGGAAGCCUUCAAGUUCAGUAGGACCGGCAAACAGGUCAACUACAACGAAAAGGAGGUGGACUACGGGCUCGGGGAAAGCGAAGACGGCGAGGACGAAGUGCGGCCCAAGGCGAAUGUCGAUUUUGAGGGAGCCGAAGCGGACGAGAUCGAGGGAGUGUUCGGGUGGUCGAGGGAUGAGAGCAGGAUGGAUGAUCCGGUCGAUUUGCCAUUCGAGAACAUCCGCUUCCACAUCAAGUGGAAGUUCUUCUCUCACUUGCACAACACCGACGAGCUCUAUUCAUUCUGUAAAGCGGAAAACUACCGCGGUUUCAAGCGACUAGACAACUACAUCAAGUCCACGUUUGCCUACGAGCAGCGUAUCCUUCAUCCCGGACCCAAUGAUUACCAACCGACGAGAGAGGACAUGGAGAACUUCCACAUCGAACGGGAACGCAAAAAGGACGAGCUAGAAAGUUGGCGAAACGUCGAACGUGUGGUGGCUACAAAAAUCGACAAGAAGUCGGGGUUGAGGCAAUAUCUUUGCAAAUGGACUGGCCUGCAGUAUCACGAGUCGACAUGGGAAAACGAGCAAGAUAUCAAGGAGCGGAACCAAACGGAAAUCGACGAGUACUAUAGCCGUCAGCGCAAUAGUCGCAAACCCUGGGAGUCUGCAGUCUACGCUCCUGGACGCAGGCCUGCUUACAAGAAGAUACCGGAGAUGCCCGAAUAUCUGAAACCGGGUGGUGAACUGAAAGAAUUCCAGCUGACCGGGUUGAACUGGCUGGCGUAUUCAUGGGCGAACGAGCAGAAUGGUAUCUUGGCAGACGAGAUGGGUCUCGGGAAAACCAUUCAAUCGGUUUCGUUCCUGUCUUACCUUUACCAUCAGAUGAAACAAUACGGUCCAUUCCUGGUUGUCGUUCCGCUUUCGACCAUCACCGCUUGGCAGAUGCAGUUCAAGAAAUGGGCUCCAUCCCUGAACGUCAUCUGCUACAUGGGUUCUGGGCCUUCUCGAGAGAUCAUCCGUCAACACGAAUUCGGUCCCGUGAAGAAACUCAACUUCAACGUCUUGCUGACGACCUACGAAUUCAUAUUGAAGGACCGAGCGGAUCUUUCCAUGAUCAAGUGGCAAGCGCUUGAAGUUGACGAAGCCCAUCGCCUCAAGAAUAGCGAAGCUCAACUUUACGAAGCGCUGAUGAGCUUCUCGACCGCUUCGAGACUCCUGAUCACGGGGACACCUCUUCAAAACAACGUCAAGGAGCUGCUUGCCCUGAUGCACUUUCUUUCGCCGGAAAAGUUCGCGUUGGCCAACGACUUUGAGCUGAACGACGCGGAUCAGGAAGCCAAGAUUCGAGACCUGCACGGCAAGCUCGCGACCUUGAUGUUGCGACGACUCAAGAAGGACGUCGUCAAGGAGAUGCCAACCAAGUCGGAGCAGAUCCUGCGAGUCGAGCUCUCUCCUCUGCAGGCCCAGUACUACCGAAACAUCCUGUCUAGAAACUUUCAGGCUCUGAGUAAAGGCGGAACUCAGCAGGUCAGCCUGAUGAACGUGGCAAUGGAGCUGAAGAAGGCUUCGAAUCACCCCUAUCUUUUCGACGGAGCCGAGCCUACGAGCGACGUCAAGGAAGACAUCUUGAAAGGGAUUGUGAUGAAUUCGGGCAAGAUGGUCUUGCUGGACAAGCUGCUUACCCGAUUGAAGGCGGAUGGCCACCGUGUUCUCAUCUUUUCCCAGAUGGUCAGGCUCUUGGACAUCAUGUCGGACUACAUGAGCUUCCGGGGAUACAUCUUCCAGCGUCUAGAUGGAACGGUCCCAUCCGAUAUUCGAAAGAAGUCGAUUGAGCACUUCAACUCGCCUGGCUCUCCGGACUUUGCUUUCCUGCUCUCGACCCGAGCAGGAGGUCUCGGUAUCAACCUCGAGACGGCGGAUACCGUCAUCAUCUUUGAUUCCGACUACAACCCCCAGAACGAUCUUCAAGCUAUGGCUCGUGCGCACCGAAUCGGACAGAAGAACCAUGUCAGCAUUUACCGAUUCGUCACAAAGGGUACCAUCGAGGAGGACAUUUUGGAGCGGGCUCGUCAGAAAAUGAUCCUCGAGUACGCCAUCAUCAAUCAAAUGGACACCGCUGGAUCGCGGUUCGGGGCAAAACCCGUCGCUGCCAAAGCGAAUGAACCGUUCUCCAAAGACGAACUUUCCGAGAUCCUCAAGUUUGGAGCUCAAAGCAUGUACAAGACCGAUGAUACGCAACAAGCCCAAAAGCUGGAGCAGAUGGAUCUUGACGAUAUCCUUGGCAAAGCAGAAAACCACGAGACAGAGGCGACUGCGGAGGCCGUCGGAGCAUCUUUAGGUGGUGAAGGUUUCCUUUCACAAUUCGCAGCCAUCCAAGAUGUCAAGAACGACCUUUCUUGGGACGACAUCAUCCCGCUAUCAGAAAGAGAAAAGCUGGAGGCUGAGGACAAGGAACGCGAACGUUUAGCUCAGGAAGCGGAGCAGCAAGUCCGAAAACGCACGGCUGCCCCCGGGCCCGGUGCUUACGAGGGCAUGGAUCAUCAACAAGACGAGGAACCGACGAAGCCGACAACGUCGAGCAAGAAGGCAAAGAAGGAGGCGGCCGUGAAGAAGUCAAAGGAAGAGCAGUCGAAGGAGCUGAAAGAUCGCGAUAUCCGUGCCUUGGUGAAGGGAAUCCAGAAGUGGGGUGACAUUACCGUUCGCUGGAAGGAGAUCAUUGAAGAAGGAAAGCUCAAAGAAAAGGACUUCGAUGUGCUCGUUGAGGCGUGCAAAGACUUGGUAAAGCAAUGUGAAGACAAGAUUCUGGAGACCAAGAAUCAGCUGGCCGAGAUGGCACGAAAUGGGGAACCCAUCAGCUCGGCUGCCAGGCAGAAGGCGAUCUUGAUCAACUUCCGAGGGAUCUCUGGUAUCAACGCGGAAACCACGACCACCCGUUGGCACAACCUCCGCUUCCUGCAUCAACACGUUCAGAAGAGCACCACUUUCCAAGAGGAUAUCGGUGCAUGGCGGAUUCCCAACGAUUCGCUCAAGGCUACUCCUCAUUGGCAUGUCGAAUGGACCCAGGUCGAUGACGCUCAUCUGUUGGCGGGUGUUUACAAACACGGCUUUGCAAGCUGGGAGGCUAUUCAGGCGGCAGAGUCCGAAGCGACACCAGGAGCAGCCCCGGCGGCGACGAGUCCGGAACCAACCGAGAAGAAGACAAGCAAGAAGACUGUUCCGAAUGCCAUCCAUCUGGUGCGACGGGCAGACUAUUUGAGUGGUGUGGUGAAAGAGUACGAGGAAAACUACGAGAUCUACAUGGCGCAGCAAUCUCGAGCGAAGGAGGUAUCGCAACAAUUUUCCGGAACACCGUCAAACGCAAUCGCAUCGAGCUCGAAGCCGAGGAUCGCUUCGAAGCCCAAACCAACCAAAGGGACGCCCAAGGCGAGGGGAACUACGCCGACGUGGACUGAAAGUGAAGAUGAUGGCUAUGACUCUAUGGACGAGAAGCAAUGCAAAGAGGAGAUGAGACCGGUCAAGACGCAGCUGCGCAAGAUGAAGACGGGGACGGAUCACUUGCAACGGGAGGAAAAGCUGGCGGCGCUCAAGCUGUGUUUAUCGGCCAUUGGCCAUCGGAUAGAACAGGUAGCAAAGGAGAAAACCGAGCAGGGAUUGGACGGGGAGAAGUGCCGGAAGCAUUUGUGGAUCUUUGCGGCCUUCUUCUGGCCGAGAGGUCAUGUCGAUUGGGUCAAACUGCAAGCCAUCUACAACAAGCUGACGGUGGUUCCCGUGAGUUCGCUUCUCGUAUCAUCAGAAUGUAAACCGAAGUAG